AUGGAUCCACGUCCCGAGAAAGCCCGCCGGCGCACAGCACAGCAGUUGGCGAGGAAGCGCGAGAUAGACAAAGAGACGCAACGCGUCAAGCGCCAAUCGGACCGGGAGCGGCUGUUACUGAUCCAGGACGACAUGCGGAGUAUGCAGAAACAAGUCCACGAGCUGAAACAGAGCAUGGAGCUAGCUCUUAUCCCACUGGUCAAUCGGUCUACCUCCCCUGCCGCCCAAUCGCAGACUCCUACUGCCUCUCCCUGUGGUGGAACUACGGAGUCCAGCCAUCUAGGCUACUGCGCGGAAGUGGUUUCCUGCGGUUUAGGAUCCCUAUCUCGCGAGUCAGAGAGUAGAGCCCUCGAACAAAACCAAAGCGUAAUGCGUUGGAGGCCAGUAACGCAUGAAUCGCCGCCAGCAGGAAGGCUAGGACCCGGCCGUGAAUAUACGUCUUGUCUCUGUCAGCCCAAAGUGCAUGUUUCAUAUGGUGAAUGCUUCGAGCAGACUGUCUACACCGCACUCAUGAGCGUCUCUCGCCCGCUCCCAUCUGUUCCACUGUCGUCCAUCCCCCGACUCCCCACCCUUGCCGACAUUCUUUUCAUUGGACCGGGCGAAAACAUUGUUUCCCGGAUUGUCAUGAAGAUGCUGAAGCGAGAUGGGUUCAAGGAUAUAACCAACGUAGUCAGUGCUUUCAUCCACGUUUAUCGAGUGCUUCGCUACCGCUUCUCCCCUUCUCUGGAGACCCUCAAUGACAUCCCAGAAUGGCUGCGCCCAACAGAGACCCAGGAUAUAAUCCCCCAUGAAAUAUGGACCGACUUUAUCCAUUUCCCCAAGCUCCGCAACGCGAUGGCUCUGAAGAGUAUUGAAUACGUGCGGGAAUCGUUUGAUCUGGACUACUCUGCAUCUAUAUCCACGAACUGGCCCCGCUGGCAACCGGUGUUUACCUGGGACGACUCGCAAGGCGCCAUCGUACUGAACCCCCACUUUGUACCUCAUAUUGACAUCCUGAGUAACUGGUCUCUGGAUGAGACAUUUGCACGGAAGUAUCCUCAAAUAGAGCCACUGGUUACUAUUAGAGGAUAG